UCAGUCACUCGCCUGCUGUAAACAGACGGUGUUCAGCUCAACUCCGGGUGGAUCCGACCAGAACCCGAACAGGCUACCAAAAACCGCGAUGCACUGGGAGUGAGCAUCAUCAGACAGAAAGGAGGGCCACAACCACUGUGUUUUCUUCAAACUCAGACAACAAAGUCUUCUACUGUGUAUACAAUGGCCACCAUCGAAGACGGUAACAUGAACACCUUCGGCCCGGAGCUGCCGGCCAUGUUUGAUGGCAUGAAGUUGGCAGCAGUGGCAACUGUCCUCUACAUCAUUGUCCGCUGUCUGAACCUGAAGAGUACCGCAUCACCACCAGAGAUCAUCCACCAGGAUACACUGCUCAGCCGCUACCUGUUCAAAUCCUGCCCGAUGCUGACCAAAGAAUACAUUCCUCCCUUAUUGUGGGGUAAGAGUGGACAUCUCCAGACCGCCCUGUAUGGCAAGAUGGGGCGUGUCAACACUCCAACACCCUGCGGUGUCCGCAAGUUCCUCCCAAUGCAGGACGGGGCCACAGCGUCCUUUGACCUCUUUGAGGCUCGUGGAGACCACAGCACAGGAGAUGACAUUACCAUGGUAAUCUGCCCUGGGAUCGGUAACCAUAGCGAGAAGAACUACAUUCGGACUUUUGUGGAUCACUCCCAGCAGCAGGGUUACCGCUGCGCCGUCCUCAACCACCUGGGUGCCCUGCCCAACAUGGAGCUCACCUCUCCCCGCAUGUUCACUUACGGUUGCACCUGGGAGUAUGAGGCAAUGGUGAGCAAUAUCAAACAAGCUUUUCCUCAGACGCUGCUGAUUGUUGUGGGCUUCAGUCUGGGGGGAAACAUUGUCUGUAAGUUUCUGGGCGAGAAACAAUCCAACCAGGACCGAGUGCUCUGCUGCGUCACCGUCUGUCAGGGUUACAGCGCCCUCAGGGCCCAGGAAACAUUCCUUCAGUGGGACCAGUGCCGGAGGCUCUACAACUUUGUGUUGGCGGACAACAUGAAGAAGCUCAUCCUGUCACACAGGAGCACUUUGCUUGGCCUGAACUCCAGCAAUAUUUGUGACGCGGACCUGGGCAAACUGUACGCAGCCACGUCUCUGAUGCAGAUCGACGACAGCAUCAUGAGGAAAUUCCACGGCUACAGCUCCUUGAAGGAGUACUACGAGAAGGAGAGCUGUGUGCACUACAUGAAGAAUGUCACUGUGCCUCUUCUCCUGGUAAACUCAUCGGACGACCCACUUGUUCAUCAGUCACUUCUGGAUAUUCCACGCACGCUCGCAGAAAAGAUGCCCAAUGUGAUAUUCGUCCUGACCCAACAUGGAGGCCACCUGGGCUUCUUUGAGGGAGACGUGCUGUUACCUCAACCCCUCACCUGGAUGGACAAGGUCAUAGUGCAGUACACCAACGCCAUGUGCCACUGGGAGAAGAACCUGCCGGCCUGCCAGAAGAGCAGCCACCAUGACAGGAACUCAUGCCUGCAGAGCACAGGGGUAACACAAAGUGGAUAACAUGCUAUACAUAGAAGUCUGGAGA